GAACACCUCCAAAAGGUACAACAUCAUGGCCUUCAACAGUGGGGACAGAGUCACCUUCAGCACCUGGAGCCAGGCACGGAUGGAGAGGGAUCUGAGCAAUAAGAGGAUCUAUGCCGAGGAGGAGCUGCCGGAGUCGGGAGCAGGGAGCGAAUUCCAUCGGCGCCUGAGGGAGGAGGCGAGGAGAAGGAAACAUGGGAUAAUCCUCCGGGAAUUUCGCCCCGAGGAACAGCCCUGGAUCCUCAGGGUCAACGGGAAGGGGGGAAGGAAAUUCCGUGGGGUGAAGAAAGGAGGAGUGACAGAAAACGCUUCUUACUACAUCUUCACUCAGUGCCCCGACGGAGCCUUCGAGGCCUUUCCCGUGAGGAGCUGGUACAACUUCACCCCCCUGGCCAGGCACAGGACCCUGACGGCCGAGGAGGCUGAGGAGGAGUGGGAGAGGAGGAACAAGGUGCUGAACCACUUCAGCAUCAUGCAGCAACGUCGGCUGCGGGACCAGGACGAGGAGGAGGAGGACAAGGAGAAAGGGAGGAAGGGCCCAGGGGGGGCCAAGGGAGGAGCUCUGCGAAUCCACGACCUGGAGGAGGAUCUGGAGCUCAGCUCCGACGACAGCGACGGCAGCGAGGCUGAAG